AUGUGGGGGCAUCUGACGUCGUCCCUGCGCCGCCUCACAGUGCGCUCCGGCGAGCCGCACACGGCGCCGGACAAGCCGCUCGUCGUCGUCUUCGGGGCCACCGGCGCGCAGGGCAGCAGCGUGGUGGCGGCGCUGCUGGCGAGCGGGCGCUACCGCAUCCGCGCGGUCACGCGCCACGCCGACUCGCCGCGCGCCGCCCAUCUCAGGGACGCCAAGGUGGAGGUGGCGCAGGCCGACCAGGCGGACCGCCACGCUGUGCGCGCCGCGCUGGAGGGCGCGUAUGGCGCGUUCGUGGUGACGGACUACUACUCGCUGGGCGAGCGCGAGGAGGAGGUGGGGAGGGGCGUGGUGGAGGAGGCGAAGGGGGCGGGCGUGCAGCACGUGGUGUGGAGCACACUGCCCCACGUGCACCGCCUCUCCAAGGGCCAACUCAACGUGCCGCACUUCACCAACAAGGCCAAGGUGGAGGAGGUGGUGAGGGCGAGCGGCUUCAAGCACCACACGUUCGUCAUGUGUGCCUUCUACUACCAGAACUUCGCCCACUUCCAUCUCACCAGGGAGGAGGGCGAUGGCACGGUGGUGUUUGAGCUGCCUAUGGCGCCGGACGACAUGCUCACGGCCUUUGAUGUGGACGACACCGGUGCCGCCGUGCUCAACGCCCUUGACCACCCGGAUGACUGGGACGGCGAGUACAUGUGUCUGGCGGGCUACCACGCCCCCGUGCACCAGUACGUCUCCGACUUCCACCGCGUCGCCGCCCGCCCCGCCCGCCUGCACACCACAGACAAGGCCGCCUCUGAGGAGUGGACGCAGAUGUUCCGGUGGUUCUCUCAGCACACCUACUUCGGCUGCCAUGACAUCAGCAACGCGCGGCGCUGCAACCCGCACCUCAAGACGUGGCGCCAGUGGCUGCAGGAGAGCGGAUGGAAGGGGCCUGAGGGGGGCGAGGGGAAGGGCGAAGCCAAGGGGGAAGCGAAGGGAGAGGCUGAAUGCAAGAGCGGCGUGAGGGGGGUGGGUGGAGGGGCCAAGGAGGUGGAGCAAGAGGGUGAGGGCCCUCCCAAGGCGCAUGUGGCGGGCGCGUAG